AUGACUGCAGUGGGCGCUCCUGCAGGAGGACCAGGAUCUACAAUGACUGCAGUUGGUGGUGUUGGUCCAGGAUCAACGAUGACUGCCGUUGGCGCUCCAGCCGGGGGACCAGGAUCUACAAUGACUGCAGUGGGCGCCCCAGCAGGAGGACCAGGAUCAACAAUGACUGCUGUAGGAGCUCCAGGAGGCGGUGGAGGAGCCCAGUCAGCAUACUUUGGUGUUGGCGGUGGAGGCGCUGGUGUUCCUGCUCCGAAAUCGCCAGGUGGUGGCGGCGGUGGUGGUCUCGCUGGACAAUCGGCAUAUUUCGGCGUCGGCGCUGGUGGUGCAGGCGCUCCUGGUGCUCAGUCGGCUUACUUCGCACCCAAGUAA